UUAAAAAAACACUGUCCUUUUUUUCCCGUGAUACCGCGCGUUAAAUUUCCACUGGCAGAGACGAGGGGAGAUUAUGAGGAUUUAUGUUGACGUUGAGGGAUUAGUGGACAGAGCCAGAAUGAAAUAGGCAAUGUUUUGGCAUUGAUGUCGGCGCUGUAGCCUGAAGGAGCCAGUAAAACGCGUCCUGCAGGAGAAGACAUGAGUCAGUUCCGGGCGUUGGCGGGUGUGCUGAGGGGCGGGCGUGUUGGAGGGAGUCAGUGGCUGCGAGGGUGUGGACAGGGCCCGGCCAGGCGCUGGGUUGACCCCAGGAGAGGCUGCUCCUCCGGGGCAGCUGCGUCCGUUCCCUCGGCGGUGACCAGUAGCUCCAACUAUGUGGAGGAGAUGUACUUUGCCUGGCUGGAGGAUCAUAAAAACGUACAUGAGUCUUGGGACACAUUCUUCCGUAACAUCCAGGCCUCUAGUCCGUCUGGCGAGGCGGAUGAGAGACGCCCCUCCGCUCUGCUCCAGGGCCGAGUGCUGUCCCACUCAACAGACAUGGCACAGAAAGUGGUGGAGGACCACCUGGCUGUGCACACUCUCAUUAGAGCCUACCAGAUUCGUGGUCACCAUGUUGCCCAGUUAGACCCUCUGGGAAUCCUGGAAGCCGACCUCGACUCCUUCGUUCCCUCCGACCUGAUCACCACCAUCGAUAAAUUAGGUUUCUAUGGUCUUGAUGAGUCUGACUUGGACAGGAGCUUUCAGCUACCCUCCACCACCUUCAUCGGAGGAGGAGAGACCACUCUUCCUCUGAAAGAGAUCAUACGCAGACUCGAGACAUCCUACUGUGGUCACGUAGGAGUCGAAUUCAUGUUCAUUAACAACGUGGACCAGUGUCAGUGGAUCCGUCAGAAAUUUGAGACUCCAGGAAUCAUGCAGUUCACUAAUGCUGAGAAGAGAACUUUGCUAGCCCGCCUGAUCAGAUCCACACGGUUUGAGGACUUCCUGGCUAGGAAGUGGUCAUCAGAGAAACGUUUUGGCCUGGAGGGCUGUGAAGUGCUCAUCCCUGCUCUCAAAACCAUCAUUGACCAGUCGAGCGCUGCAGGCAUCGACAGUGUGAUCAUGGGGAUGCCACAUCGGGGUCGACUGAAUGUUUUGGCCAAUGUGAUCCGUAAGGAGCUGGAUCAGAUCUUCUGCCAGUUCGACCCCAAAUUAGAGGCUGCUGAUGAGGGCUCAGGGGAUGUCAAAUACCACCUUGGGAUGUACCACGAGAGGAUUAACCGUGAGACAGACAAGAAUAUCACGCUGUCACUCAUGGCGAACCCCUCCCACCUGGAGGCAGUGGAUCCAGUGGUUCAGGGCAAGGCCAAAGCUGAGCAGUUCUACAGAGGAGACACUCAGGGGAAAAAGGUGAUGUCCAUCUUGAUGCAUGGUGAUGCUGCUUUUGCUGGACAAGGAGUUGUGUACGAGACCUUCCACCUAAGUGAGCUCCCCUCUUACACCACACAUGGUACGAUCCACGUGGUGGUCAACAAUCAGAUUGGCUUCACUACUGACCCUCGUGUGGCCCGCUCCUCUCCUUACCCCACUGAUGUGGCUCGGGUUGUGAAUGCACCCAUCUUCCAUGUAAAUGCCGAUGACCCCGAGGCUGUCAUGUACGUGUGUCGGGUGGCUGCAGAGUGGAAGACCACCUUCAACAAGGAUGUUGUCAUUGACCUCGUUUCUUACAGACGGUUUGGUCAUAAUGAAAUGGACGAACCCAUGUUCACUCAGCCGCUGAUGUACAAACAGAUCCGUCGGCAGGAGCAUGUGCUGAAAAAGUACUCCGACAAGCUCAUUGCUGAGGGAGUGGUGACACUGCAGGAAUUUGAGGAAGAGGUUGCCAAAUAUGACAAGAUAUGUGAGGAGGCAUACACCAGCUCUAAGGAUGAAAAGAUCUUACACAACCGACACUGGCUAGACUCCCCCUGGCCGGAUUUCUUCACAGCUGAGGGAGAGCCCAAGAGCAUGAGCUGCCUCCCUACAGGAUUGGAUGAGGAGGUCCUGCAGCACAUUGGCCAGACAGCCAGCUCAGUGCCUCUGGAAGAUUUUAAGAUCCACCCUGGUGUGUCUCGUAUCCUGCGCGGUCGGGCUGACCUGGUGAAGAAUCGGCAGAUGGACUGGGCUCUAGGAGAGUACAUGGCCUUCGGCUCCCUUCUUAAAGAUGGAAUCCAUGUGCGACUCAGUGGGCAAGAUGUAGAGCGGGGCACCUUUAGUCACCGUCAUCAUGUUCUGCAUGACCAAGAGGUGGACAAACGUAUCUGUGUUCCCAUGAACCAUCUGUGGGCCAACCAGGCUCCUUACACUGUCUGCAACAGCUCUUUAUCAGAGUACGGAGUUCUAGGUUUUGAGCUUGGCUUUGCCAUGGCCAGCCCUAAUGCUCUGAUCCUCUGGGAGGCCCAGUUCGGAGACUUUCACAACACAGCCCAGUGUAUCAUUGACCAGUUCAUCAGCUCGGGCCAGGCCAAGUGGGUCCGCAACAACGGCAUUGUCCUACUGCUGCCACAUGGGAUGGAGGGAAUGGGUCCAGAACAUUCAUCAGCCCGACCUGAGCGCUUCCUGCAAAUGAGCAAAGAUGACCCUGAUCACUUCCCUGAGUUCAGUGGAGAUUUUGAAGUCCAGCAGCUGAAUGACUGUAACUGGAUCGUGGUCAACUGCUCCACGCCUGCUAACUACAGUCAUGUGCUUAGACGGCAGAUUCUGCUGCCAUUCAGAAAACCGUUGAUUAUUUUCACUCCCAAAUCUCUGCUGAGGCACCCCGAUGCAAGGUCCAGUUUUGAUGACCUGGCCAAAGGCACUACAUUCAAGAGGAUUAUUCCAGAUGUGGGAGCUGCCAGUCAAAGCCCAGGCCAAGUGAAAAGGGUGAUCUUCUGCACUGGCAAAGUCUACUACGAACUGGCUAAAGAGAGGAAACGGCAAAACCUGGAGAGAGACAUCGCCAUCAUCAGACUUGAACAGAUCUCUCCAUUCCCGUUUGACCUGGUCAGAGCAGAGGCAGAAAAAUAUGCCAAUGCUGAGCUGGUCUGGUGUCAGGAGGAGCACAAGAACAUGGGUUACUAUGAUUACGUCAGGCCACGUUUCCUCACAGUGGUGGCCAACAAGAAACCCAUUUGGUAUGUGGGACGGGACCCUGCAGCCGCUCCUGCAACAGGGAACAAGUCCACCCACCUCAAUGAGCUGAAGAGGUUCAUGGACACAGCUUUCAACCUGAGCGCCUUUGAGGGGAGGGACAUGUAAUGGAGCUGUGGAACGUGAGACAAGCUGGAGGUGCAGUUUCAUCUCCAAUAACCAUGGGCAAUUUUAAGUCUUGAUGUGGGAAAGAGGCAGAGCUCUUUUAAAUUUGAGACAAUCUGGAGCAUAGCCUAAUGUUUUUAGUGAACAUUAUUUUACCCCUUUUUACCUUAUGUGAAAGAUAACUCUGUCACACUGACUGACUUAUGCCUGAAUCAGACUACUCAACAUUUAUGUCUUUCAUGACCUGCGACUACUAUAGUGUCAGAAGUGCCACGGAAGACAUCCUAGAUGUUAUCAAACUAGGCGAGAGGAGACAAGAAAUUGUCAAACUCACACUCACUCUGUCAGGGCCUUACAAAGUCUCCUAAAUGCAGAAUCAUUUGUUUUCCACUGUGACGCACUACAUGGGAUAGAAUGACAAAUUAUUGCGCUUGGCAAUGGUUUUCGUUCCCUGGCCAUACCCCGUGUCAAGUGAAGGCAAGUCACUUUUAUUUAUAUAAUUCAAAAUCACAAGUUUGCCUCAAAUGGCUUUACAAUCCUUAAACCCUGGAUUCAGAUAAGAAAAGAAAAAUAAAUGGUUACAGUUGGUGGGUCGAGCUAUUUUCCUGUCUGAUCCUGGCUUUACAGGGAGAAUCUGCACUUUAUUCAAUCAACACUACUCAGCAAGGGGCCUUUAUGAAGGCUUUUACAGAAUAAGCACAGUCACCACAAAGAUUUUUAUCCUCGAAAGGGUGCUACACCUCCAACAUCUCUGUUUCAAAAUAAACAUUCCUUGCAAAAUAUUAUACAGACAGUAAAUAAAAUCAUUCAGUCACAGAACUGUCUCUUUAGCAGCUACUAUACUGUAGAUGAGUGGUGAAGUAGCAAUAGUGCACUCUUAGUAGCCCUAAUAAUAAUAAAACUAAGAUUCCUGACAAUCAUUGUUAUUGCAGUAGCUUUAGUACAGUAGAUACCUCCAUUACUGCUAUGCUGAAUAGUAUUAGUAGUAUUGAUUUGUAUUGUAUUGAUUUUGUAGAUGAAUAGUUGAUGCUACAAGACGCACAAUAAACACCACACUGGUGUACUUAUAAUUAAUGUGAAUUAUACAUAUCACAGGUAUGAAGACUGUUCCUGAAAUUUAACACAUCAGUAGGUUUAGUGCCUGUAUUUGCUUUGGCUAUCUUAGCUGUUAGUGGAGGAGUCUGUAUUUAUUGUCACACCUCACUUCAUCAGGAGACAUGAGCCAGCUGGCACAGAGACUUGCAGCAGUGUUUUCUACUUAGGACAUAAGGCUCAGCUUCGUCUUUGGAGGCUGAAGGAUGCACACACACAAAAACACAGCAAAGUCUUGGAUGCUUUGAGAGCAAUACUGACGCUUCGUUGUCACAUUUAAACCCCUAGGUAUUAAACAGGAUUGAUAUUAGUUACCUCUGUGCUUUGAAACGCUACUUUAAAUUAUGCUUAUUGUUCAGCUGUACUGUAGCUUACCUUGUAGCUGGGAGAUUUAACUAUAAGCCAUACCCAAACAUAAAUUUACAUAUCUAAUGUUUUUACAUGUGUUAGUUUAUUAAUGAAAAAAAAAUGUACUGGAACAUACAAAACUUGUUGGAGCUGCACUUUACUUGGAAUAAUGACAUAUGCAAUAAAAUAUGUUUAACAACGU